AUGACUCCGUCGCCAUCAUCGCAAUCAUCGCCAUCCUCAUCUUCCUCGUCUUCUGCGCCUCCCCGAGGUCCGCCCGUUGCCGCGCCGCUCAGCUCGGCGGCGCGUUAUCAGGCGCUGCCGCAGCAGGCGACGCAUGAUGAUGAUGACGAGGCGCCCGUCGUCUGCGACUCGGCGGCGGCAUGGGAGCCAGACGAGAUGGAUCUAGACAUCGUUAUGUCCCUUGACUCGCUUGACUCGUCUGAGGACUCGCUUGAAUCGCCGCGAACGUCCCCCAGAUCGACGGUUAUUCACCCAGUUGACCCUGGUGACCGACCUGUUGACCCUGUCAAUGCGGUUGGCUCUGUUCACGCCAGUCGGCUGACUCAAAUGCCCAUGACGACACCAGACUGUCUCGGCGAAACAACUCCCUCGGCGCUUGACGUGCGGAACGGCCAUAGCUCUGCCAACAAACCUACUACUCUUGCCGCGGCUACUACACGACGGUUUGCGGCGACACAAAAUCCGCAUUCGUGCGUCUCAGCGACGCGGAGGUGGGGGACGAGAGGGGCAAGGUACGGAGCGGAAAAGGCGGCGGCAGGUGCUUUUGAGGAUUAUCAAAGGCUGCUGCAUGGAUACCUUCCCGCGCAACAUCUUUCGGAGGAAUCUCAAAGUCUGCUGCGUGCAUACCUGCCAGCAGGUCACGUUUCUGAGGAAUCUCUAAGCCUGCUGCGUGCGCUGCACGCAAAUACGCCAGGUGUGGCAUACCUGUUACCUGCUCCAAACCCGAAACGCGCAUUGGCGUCGACGGCGGUCGCAUCACGCAGCUACUACUACUACCAAUCACAGUUGGAGCGUGCCUCUGGCGAAUCGCUCGAAAGCGGGACUGUUUGUAUGGGGUACAAUGACGUGAGGUCUGAACCGGACUUCUUGUUGCCAGUGUCUUUCGCAGCGAUUGGUUGCAGGAGCCCGGCGAAAGCACACUUGCUAAUAACGACGGCGGCGACAAACACGAACGCGGCGACGGACGUCAUCGGGACUGAAACGACAAGCGGCGCAGCUGUCGCAAACCCUAAUACUACCAGCAACGCCGCCGCUAACCCUUGUACGCAUAGCGAGGACCAGCAGCGGAUCCUCGCGUUGCAGAGCAGUAGAGAGGAGCCGCGGCGCGAAAUAACUCAGCGCACACCGCAAUUAGCGGAAGCGCAGGAGGAGGGCGCACACAACGGGCGCUCGAAUCGCAGGGAAGUGAUGGAUGGUGGUGGAAAUUCGGCAGCGAGCGAAGAAUGUGGGGAAGUGGAGAGGAGCAAAAAGAGACGGGUGAGGGAAGCAGAGCUUGAUGAGAUGGGGUAG